AUGUAUCCGCCAUUUGAUUACUUCGAGCACCGCCGGGCCUGCGUGAUCAAGCAGCGCCAGCGCGAUGCCCGGUUUGAAUCUCUCCCAGACCCCUACAAAGGCCCAUUGACCUCCCAACAACGAUCUAUCCUCAAUGCCCCCAUUGCCUCGCUAGUCAACGACGUACAAAACUCGAUCCUGUCACCCAUUGACGUUCUCCGUACCUACGGAAAGACCGCUGCUAUCGCUCAACAACGGACCAACUGUGUCACUGAGCUUCUCCUCCCGGAAGCGGAGUCCUGGGCUAAAAACGAUGUGAAUCUCAGGGGUCCCCUGGCGGGCAUACCAGUGUCACUGAAGGACAGCAUUGCGGUGGGAGGCUUUGAUGUGUCCGUAGGAUAUUCAAGAAACGUCUUCAAGCCUUAUCAGGAGGAUGGAAUCAUGGUCAAACUUCUCAAGAGAGCCGGUGCGAUCCCUCACGUCAAAACCGCACUUCCGAUUACACUGCUAUCCUUCGAGUCGGCCAAUGACCUGUGGGGUGUCGCCAAAAAUCCUCAUAACCCCAAGUACUCCCCCGGUGGGAGCACGGGCGGUGAGGGCGCUCUACUAGCUUUGAAUGGCUCCCGGAUUGGGAUAGGAUCAGAUGUUGCGGGAUCAGUGCGUGCGCCAGCCGCUUGGUCAGGAAUUCAUUCCCUUCGGUGCAGCACCGGCCGAUGGCCCAAGAUGGGCAUGAACACCUCAAUGCCCGGACAAGAGGGUGUUCCCUCGGUUUUCUCUCCGAUGGCUCGAACGCUGGACGAUUUGACUUAUUUCACCAAAGCCUUCAUCCAGAUGAAGCCUUGGGAGGUGGAUUACACGGUGCACCCUAUCCCCUGGCGGCAAGAGCUGUAUGACGCCACUGCUGAGUCGAAGCGUGUGCGAGUUGGCUUGAUGACCACCGACGGUGUCUGUACACCUGCCCCAGCUAUUGCACGUGGUCUAGAACUCACAGCAGAAGCACUACGAUCUGCUGGCCACGAGGUGAUUGAGAUUCCCAUUUCAUCAUUUCCGGCCUCAGCCACUCCCGCACAAGGGUUGCAGAUUGCAUCGGUGUUACUGUGUGCCGAUGGCGGCAAGACAUAUCACUCUUUCUUCCGCACCCUCGAGAGAAAUGACCCCGGCGCCGCUCAGAUCAAUUUCUACAUGUCCCUCCCCCGCCCCAUCAAAUAUCUCUGGUAUCUUUGGACGCGCUACGUCAAGCGAGAUCGACUCUGGGCUUCUAUCCUGCGGUAUUUCCACCCGCUAUCCGCCGCGGACCAGUGGAAAUGGGUUGCGAAGCGUGAAGCCUUCCGUGGGACCUGGUUUGACUGGUGGGACAAGCCUGCGCAGAAUUUCGACUUCAUUCUCUGCCCUGGAAACGCCACACCGGCACUCCCACACCGCGCAAUGCACGACGCUGUCUCUAGCUGCGGAUACACUUUCCUCUGGAACCUCUUGGACUACACGGCGGGCAUCGUCCCAGUGGCUAAAGUCGACGCGGAGAAGGAUAAGCUGUCAAAGAAUUUCAAGCCGGCCAACGGCAUCGAGAAGGGCGCCUAUAAGCAUUACGACAGCGACAAGAUGGCGGGCUUGCCUUGUGCUGUGCAGGUCGUGGGACGCAGGCUCACGGAGGAAAAAGUCCUCGCAUACAUGAAGAUCGUGACCGAUUCUCUUGCCGCUGCGGGCACCGUCUACGAGCACCUGAACAUCGAGGCCCUUCCGGAGAUUCAUGACAUUGAGGCACAGUCGAGUAAAGUCCCUGUUGAUCCGAAGAAGAUUUGGUAG